GUCAUUCAUCUUCAUUUCCUCGAUACUAUCUGGAUUGAAGUAGCAUAAAGGCGACACAAUGGCUUCCUCGGACCAACUUACCUUGUCAAGACAGAUCCAGGCACUUUUUGAGCCAGGACAUAUUCUUGCUUUCGCUAUGAAACAUUAUGUGGUUACAUGCUACGAAACUGUCUUCAAGCGGGGUCAAAUCCUUGCCCCGAUUCUGCAGUCAUCAAGGGUUCGGGAUGAUGCGUUUGGGAGGUUUUGGACCGAGUUUACUUUAAUGCAACCCUCCACAGAGUCAGAGUCCCCAGACAAAGCAGCAGUAGCGGCGGCAUCUGUCCCCAGGCGCCCUAAUCAAUCCUCAGACUUGAUUCCAUCCAUCCUAGCCAAAGCAGCGGGCAUAGUCCUUGACAUCGGCCCGGGAACAGGUUCCCAGAUCCCUCUCCUCUGUUCCCCGGAAAUCAAAGCCAUCUACGGCCCAGAGCCCUGUAAGAGCCUCCACCCCGAACUCUCAGCGAAGAUCCGUCAAUACGGCCUGGAGAACAAAUACCACAUUCUCCCCUGUAGCGCUGAGGCGUCCGAGCUUCUUCCCGCGCUGAAGGAGGAGGGUCUCGUGUCAGAUAAUAGCAAUACGCCCGAGGAAACGGGAGGUGUAUUUGAUACGAUUAUUUGCGUGCGCGUUCUGUGCUCCGUGCCGAACCCGGAGAAGGUCGUUGGGGAUCUCUACUCCCUGCUCAAGCCUGGUGGGAAAUUGCUCGUCACCGAGCAUGUGGUUAAUCUGUGGACGACCGCUAAGGGGUCCCUUAUUGCAAGGUUCGCGCAGAGUUUCUAUGAGUUUCUGGGGUGGAGGUGGGUGAUGGGGAGUUGUCGUUUAACGCAGGAUACGGAGUCUAUACUGCGGAGUGUCGCUGACAGAGAUGGAGGUUGGGAGACUGUUGAGUUGGAUAGGUGGUUUGGGAAGACCGUUUUGCCGUAUCUCUCGGGCUAUUUGGUGAAAAAGGAGAGGAAAUAGAAGACUCGGUAACACGGCUUUAUGUAUAUAUGCAUCCAAGGCUUUCCCAUUCUGUCUCAGUGCUCUCUUCUUGGCUACUUCCUACAGGCAUCUCCCUCAACAUACCAUCUAGAACAACCUGAAUUAGUGGCCAGACCUUAUCUAGGAGAUCAUAG